AUGUCUUCCAUCAAGAGCAUUUUCGCCAUCGGCCUUUUGGCCACUGCCGACAUUGUUGCCGGCCACGCUGCCAUCAUCGGCGCCACCGGUGAUGCCGGCGGUCAGGGCAUGGCCCUUGGAAUCGACUCCAGCACACCCCGUGACGGAACACGUCGGGAUCCCUUCCAGGGCGAUAGCACUCGCUUCAAGGGCGAGGCUGCCGAUACCUUCGGCGAGACUGUCGGAGCCGGCACCAACAACCUUGAGACCGGCACCAAGGCCAUGAUGGCCGAGACCGGCACCAUGCUUCCCCAGAUCUCUGCUGGCGGUUCCGUCGACAUGACUCUGCACCAGGUCAACGGUGACGGUGGUGGUCCCUACGACUGCAUGAUCAACGCUGAUGCCACCGGAGCCACCUGGACCAACAUCAACGUCGUCACCACUCCCCCGGGCGAGAACUCCCGCAACCGUGAUGGUGCCAUGACCGCCUUCCCCCUCAAGGCGGCCAUCCCUGCCGACCAGGCUUGCACUGGUACCGUCGCUGGCCAGAGCAACGUCUGCUUGGUUCGUUGCCAGAACGCUGCCCGUGCUGGUCCCUUCGGCGGUAUCGUUCCUGUCCAGAUGGCUGGCACCACCACGCCCGCCGCUGCCCGCCGCAACUUGAUGCUCGCCGUCAAGCGCUCCGAUGAGCUCCUCAACAAGAUGAUCAAGCGUGCCCAGACCCCUUCGGCCGCACCUGAGGACGACGCCGCUUACCUGGCCGAGCUCCGCGCCGACGGCGAGGAGAUCUGA